CGAAAUCAUCAGCGACCAAAUCCUCCUUCCAAUCCAUCCAUUCGAAGCCAGAACCCACCCUUGAUGUUCUUCCUGAACAUGUGACGCGUUCGCGCCCUGAUACCGAAAGAGUGAGGCAUGGUGAGAUGUUGUUUACUCUCUUGUUGUCGAACGAACGAAAGAGAUAGUGAGCUGUCGACAACGACUAAGGAUGCAGCAGCAGCUUUUGCUGAAGAAUAGGUGGGUACGGAAUCAAAUCUUUGGACCCCUUGCGUGUAAUUGGCGAGAAAAAGGUAUCGGAUUUAAUCCUAAACGCCGACAAUCUCGCCACAGCCAAACCAGUGCCACAUUCUUAUAUCGCCGAUACAGCCAACGAUGCCCAUUGUACAGUAACGCCGAUCCACCCCUUUCCCCCCGCCCGUUUUCAAUCCCGGGUGGACAGAGCCAAGGACCUUUACAGAGCGAGUUUGAAAGUCUCGAAAGGUUUUUUCCUCUUCAACCAUCUAGUCAUCGUGAGUCGCAGCUCUUUGAAGAAAGGGCCAACACUGGGUCCAACGAGAUAGCAUUGCUGACGUUGUAUCUGUCUCUGCUCCUUGUCCUCUUCCUGCUUGUGUCUCUAUCGCUCCCGCUCUCGCUUCUCUCCGACACAUUUCAUCCAAUCACCUUUUCAUCACCAGAUGACCACCGGUGUCGCUAGGAAAUACUCCAAGACCUACAAGGUCCCAAAGAGGCCUUAUGAGGCUGCUCGACUCGACAUGGAGCUCAAGGUGAGUUUGAAUGGACGUUUGCAAUCCAAGUGGGGCAAAGGCAGCAUCAGGCUCGUGAGAGAAGGAGGACAGUCAAUAUAUCAUUGGCGACAUUUUUGACACUAGCAUCAUACGAGGAUUUUUUUUUGGGCGGGCGGAGAACGAACCAGGGACAACUUGUGCUGACGCUUCUUACAGCUCGCUGGAGAGUACGGUCUCC